GUCGAAUAGAGUUUGUGAAACGUGAAGUGAGCACGUAAUCGCCAUAACGAGUGCAUGUUCACUCACUGGAGAGAUCCCGAGGUCCGGAGUUUAGAUGCCCGCUUAUCGAUACCGCCGACGUCAGGACAAACUAUCACUUUUCGGGGUGCUCCCGCCAACGCGUACACUCGGAAAAGUUAACAUGGCGCCAAGCGAUGAGGAUGACGAUAUGCCACAGCUCUCCGCUGGGGCCUUGGAUGCCUUGAAAGAUUUUUAUGGCGAACGAGAUGCCCGACAGAAACAAUUUGAAGAUCUGAAAGCUCAGGCUGAAGAUAAUUUUGAGGGCAAAGGAAGGCUGAGCAUGGAGGCCUUCGCCGAGGAUUGGAAUGCAAGUCAAUUCUGGUACAACGACGAGACCGCUACAACCCUUGCUCGGCAACUUUUAGAUGGAGCUACAGACGAGACUCGGAUAGCUGUCGUAUCUGCUCCAAGCGCAUUCAUUCAGCUGAAGAAUCUUCUGUCGUCCGGAGAGUACACGUGCAGACCGCAACUCACCCUCUUCGAAUACGAUGAGCGAUUUGCUGUCUUCAAAGAGUUCGUCCGAUACGACUUUGAGCAGCCCAUGAAACUCCCUGCCGAGCUGAAAAGCUCUUUCGACCGGAUCGUUUGCGAUCCACCAUUUCUAAGCCAGGAUUGCCAGACUAAAGCGGCUUUGACUGUCCGCUGGCUCGCAGAGUCUUGGACGCCUCAGGAUCCAGCGAACAAGACGGGCUCGUUCCAUUUGAUCGUUUGCACCGGAGAACGUAUGGAAACUCUCAUCGAGAAACUGUACUCCAAAGUCGGCAUACACACUACCGACUUCGCGGUGAAGCAUGCCAAAGGACUCAGCAACGAGUUCAGGUGCUAUGCCAAUUUCGAGUGCCAUGACUGGAAGUGGGCUAAGCAAAGCUGAUGUGCCUUACCCAUCCUCUACUUUCGUGUCCAUGGUAACUUUCAAUAUACCCAUUAGACCUCG